UCAAAAGAGACAUUACAAGUCUCUUUUGGAAACAAACCUUCCAUUUUCAUGGCACCCAUUUGCCUCUACUUUGCCAUCCUCGUUUGGUUGUGUCUUUUAAUCCAAACCUCAGCUAAGCCAACUGAUUGGACAAAUCACGGUGGAGAUCUACAGAACCGUAGAUACGCAUAUGGCGAAACAAAGAUCAGCCCUAAAACUGUUGCUAACCUUAGGCUGAAAUGGAAGUUUGUAGCCGGAAAAGAUAUAACCGCGACUCCAGCAAUCUACAACAAUACCAUCUAUUUCCCGAGCUGGAAUGGAAACAUAUACGCGCUUAAUGCAUCCGACGGGUCAGUCAUUUGGCAACACAAUCUUGGACAGCUAACCGGGCUUAACUCAACAGGGCUCACGCAAGGAGUUAACUGGACCGUGUCACGAGCAACCCCUACUGUUGCUGAUGAUCUUUUGAUCAUUGGGAUUUAUGGGCCCGCUUAUAUUCUGGGGCUUAAUCGUAGUGAUGGUGAGCUUGUUUGGUCUACCCAACUCGAUACACAUUACGCUUCUCUUAUCACCAUGUCGGGAACUUAUUAUAAAAGCGCAUUCUAUGUGGGAACAUCUUCAGCUGAAGAAGCCGUAAGCAAUAUUGAAACAUGUUGCACAUUUAGAGGGAGUUUUUUCAAGUUAAAUGCUAAAAAUGGUAAAAUCUUGUGGCAAACCUACAUGUUGCCUGAUAACAAUGGUAGCACCGACGAAUACUCCGGCGCAGGCAUAUGGGGAAGCAGCCCGUCCAUCGACAUUAACCGAAACGCGGUCUACAUCGCCACUGGAAACAUGUAUUCCGCCCCGUUAAAUGUCACACAAUGCCAAGAAGCCCAAAACAAUCAAACAACACCAACCCAAGAAGAUACGUGCAUAGAGCCCGAUAACCAUUCAAAUUCUAUCCUCGCUCUUGAUUUGGAUUCGGGACACAUCAAUUGGUAUAGACAGUUAGGUGGUUACGACGUAUGGUUUUUUGCUUGUAAUAAUCUUUCCACGCCCGGAUGUCCACCUGGCCCUAAUCCAGAUGCAGAUUUCGCGGAAGCACCAAUGAUUUUAACCAUUAAUGACCGUGGGAAAAAGCGUGACAUUGUGGCCACGGUACAAAAGAGCGGUGUUGCUUGGGCUUUGGAUCGCGACAAUGGUAGCAUUGUUUGGUCUAUGGAGGCUGGACCGGGAGGAGCAGGUGGCGGAGGUACAUGGGGUUCAGCGACGGAUGGAAAGGUGGUUUACACAAACAUUGCCAACAGUGUACGAAGUAACUUCACAUUGAAGCCGUCAAAUAUCACGACAACUAGUGGCGGAUGGGUGUCGAUGGAUGCCACGACUGGGAAUGUGUUGUGGUCAACAGGAAAUCCUAGUAGCGCGACUGCAAGUGGACCCGUGAGUUUAGCCAAUGGUGUUUUGUUUGCUGGAUCAACCAGCAGGACCGGACCUAUUUACGCUAUGAGUGCUGCAACCGGAGAAAUUUUAUGGUCGUAUGACACCGGAGCCACUGUGUACGGUGGCAUGUCUAUAAGCGACGGUUGUAUGUAUGUUGGCAAUGGUUACAAAGUUAAUCUUGGAUUUUUUGAUCCGACUUACACUUCCGGAGAUACACUAUUCGCCUUUUGCAUUCUACCAUAACCGAAGACAUCACUAGAUAAAUAAAGUUCAACUAUUAUGUGUGUAUAUACUCAUCAGCAUUAAUGCAUUAUAUCAUUAUAAAAUAUUUAAUAAUGGUUGUGAUUUGUUAUACCAA